AUGGCAUCAGAGACCAUUGAAGUUGCAGCUCUAGGAAGACCUCUGUUUCCUGGUAUGCUUUAUGACUGCCGCAAGGACACCUUCAUUCCAGGUGUUACUCUGUGGGAUAAGAAGUCACUGAGUGAAGAUUUGGAUAGUCGUCUAAAGCUCAUGACAGAUUUGAAGUUCAGUAGCUCCGACUCUCUCUCUAGUAAGUCCAGUCUCCUGGAUGUGAGUGCUUCACUGAAGGCCAGCUUUCUGGGAGGGCUUGUGGAGGUGGGAGGAUCUGCCAAGUUUCUGCAUGAUACCAAAUCCUCAAACCAACAGUCCAGAGUUACAAUGUAUUACAGUGAAACCUCCAGAUUCGAACAGCUCACUAUGACUCACCUGGGCCAGAUCACCUACCCUGAGGUCUUUGACCAGAAAACUGCAACUCAUGUGGUCACGGCUGUACUGUAUGGAGCUCAGGCCUUCAUGGUGUUUGACCGGACCUUUUCAGAAGAGGAGAACAAGCAGGAGAUUGAGGGACAACUAAAUAUCAUGAUCAAGAAGAUCCCUUCAUUUUCUAUUGAGGGAGAAGGAGCUUUAAAAAUGUCAGAUGGUCAUGAGAAAAUGGUUGAGAGCAUCGCCUGCACAUUUUAUGGUGACGUCCGCCUUGAGAAGAGCCCCACCACUUACAUGGAGGCUGUAGAGGUGUACAAGAAACUCCCUGUUCUCCUGAGAGAGGAUCCACAGAAUGCAGUUCCAAUAAAAGUCUGGCUCUAUCCUCUUUCUCUACUGGAUACAAAAGCUGCUCAGUUGAAGAGAACAAUUAGCACAAGUCUGGUUUCCAAAACUGAAGAUGUAAUCGAGGAGCUGGGUGAAGCAGAGAGGACAUGCAACGACCUCCUCAGAAAUACACUGGUAAAUGUUUUCAGAGACAUCAAAGAGAGGCUCUGUUCAUUUCAGGGCUCUUUUAGCAUUUACAAAACAGUGAUCCUGAAAGCACUGGCUAGGGUCUUGCCUGCUAUACGAGGAGGAGAGAUGGAGGAAAAUUCAUUGGAAGACAUCCUGAAGAUCCACUACAGCUCCCCUUUUAAUCCUGACAUGCUUAACCAGUGGUUGGAUCAUGCAAAGUCUGAACUUAACUUCUUGAGUUCUCACACCAAGGUGCUGGAGGGAAUCCUAACUGAAGACUCAGACCGUCUCAACACCAUCCUCCUUGAUCCUAAUACUGAUGUUGUAGUGUGCUUGACCUUCACAUCUCUGAAGUAUGAAGACCAGUAUCUUUCAACCCUGAAGGAGUUUGUGCAAUCUGCUAAGUUGAAAGAGUUAGAUGUGGCAAUGAAAACGAGCUCUAGCAUGUUACCAUCUGUCAAACGGUGGAUCCACUAUCCUGAUGUCAUCUCAAAGAUGAGAGAGAAGUUAACUCUUUUCAAAAGUUUUUCAGAGGCUAAUAAAGAUGAAAAGAGGUACAGAUUCAUUAUUUCUGCCAUUGCCGAUCCAUCCAGUACAGGCUCCUCCAUCUAUCUGUAUGAAAAAGGGAAGCUGACAAACACACAGUUCCAGCUCGUGUCGAAGCCUCCCCCACCAAUAGUGAAGAAUGUCCUGGAGCGCAGUGUGUCCCUGAAACUGCAGAAGUCCCCAACUGGAGAAACUGUGCGGUACAGAGUGGAGUACCAGCAAGUAAAUGCAGAUUCUGAUGCUGAGGAACAGUGGCUUGUCAAAAACACAUCUGAUGAAGACUUUACUCUGACUGGACUGGAGUUUGGAAAGCAGUACUUGAUCCGCUACAGGAUAGUGGGUAAAGUGGGAGUGAGUGAAGCCAGUGACACUAUCGGCUCCAUACUGGCUUCAGGUAAGUGCCAUAUGCACUUUUUUUCUGCAUGAAUCUUUAUCUUUUUAAAAAUAUUUAUAAUUUGCUUCAUUCACAGUUAUUCACACAGUCAAUUAUUGACAACCAUAUUU